AUGCUGAAAUUUCCGAUAAUUUUGCCAUUUACUCAUUAUCCACUCUUUAUUUACCUCUCUCCCCCCUCGUCCGCACUAAAUGCUCAUGUGCAUGAAUGUAGCCGACGCCGUCAAUCCGAAGUAAUGCUGUUUGGCUGGCAGGUGGUGCAACAAGCGGUUCGUGAAAUUCUGGUUGAUUCAAUAGCGGAUGAGCUUCGUGUUGGGUCCCGAGUCUGUGCUUCUUGGAGUGAACAAUUGGCCGCCAACCUUUACCCUGGAACAGUUGUCAAAGGUUUGUUAGUCGCUUAUUUUUGUCAUUUUGCUUGUCUAUUUGCCAUAAAUUCUGUCAAAAGUGAAUAUGCAAACGCAAAUUGUCAAUGA